CUUCCCGCCGUAACGCUAUUUGGAAGAGUUGGAAAGAGUUAAUGCCCUCUCCUAAACCCCAUUUAGGCUCCAUGAUCUGGAAUCCCAUAUUCUACGGAGUAUCAUCAAAUGGCUUCACUAAGAUACCUCAUCUCCAGAUCCUCUAGGUUGCUGCCUCACCUGCAUCACAAUUCUUCUCUUUCCCGGCUCCUUACAUCGCUACACUCUUCCAUAUUCCAGCACCAUCGGAAUUGCAGAAGCUUUUCCUCACUACAAAAUUACAGUCAGGACUCCGAUUCUUCUAUUGCUGCCUCUUUAAAUAUCGAUCACCGCAUUCCCGCGACCAUCAUUACUGGAUUUCUAGGCUCUGGAAAGACAACGCUUCUGAAUCAUAUACUGACAUCUCAGCAUGGGAAACGAAUUGCUGUGAUUGAGAAUGAGGUUACUUGAUUUAUUGAUCUACGUAGUUUGGAGAGGUGGACAUUGAUGGUUCGUUAGUUGCUAGUCAUUCAUCAUCUAAUGAGGACAUUAUCAUGGUCAAUAAUGGUUGUCUUUGCUGCACUGUACGUGGAGACCUUGUUAAAAUGCUUUUGGAGUUGGUCAAGACAAAACGAGACAAAUUUGAUCAUAUAGUUAUUGAGACCACAGGUCUCGCUAAGCCAGGCCCUGUGAUUGAAACAUUUUGCUCUGAUGAGUUGGUCUCAACACGCGUUAAACUGGAUGGAGUUGUUACUCUAGUUGACUCGAAACAUGCCAUGCAGCAUUUACUUGAGAUCAAACCCAGAUUUGUAGUGAAUGAAGCUGUGGAACAAGUUGCUUAUGCUGAUCGUAUUAUUUUGAACAAGAUAGAUUUGGUUUCUGAGGCUGACCUGGAGGCAUUGACAAAGGAAAUUAAGCAUAUAAACGGGAUGGCACAAAUAAAGAGAGCAAAUUUUGGGGUAGUUGAUAUGGACUUCGUUCUGGGAGUUGGAGGCUAUGAUCUUGAUAGAAUUGAUUCAGAAGUUCAGUCAGAAGGCUCUCAUUGCAAGCAUCACCAUGAAGAUGACAAUGAACAUCACAAAGGACACCAUCAUGAUCACUUGCAUGAUUCCGCUGUGACCAGCGUCAGCAUCGUUUCUGAGGGAACCUUAGAUCUAGAUGAGGUUGAUGAUUGGCUGGAAAGACUCCUAGAGGAAAAAGGUGAUGACCUAUACAGGAUGAAAGGGGUUUUGUCUGUGAGUGGUUCUGAACAGCGAUAUGUAUUUCAGGGUGUGCAUUCUGUUUUAGAUGGCUGCCCAGGAAAGAGUUGGGAUCCAGAAGAGAAACGAAUAAACAAGCUUGUCUUUAUAGGCCGAAACCUUGAUGAAACUGCACUGAGGAAAGGUUUCAAAGGAUGUUUAGCAUGAGUUCAAGCUGCUUGUUUUUCUCUAUCUAAUGUAUUAUACAAUCAACACAGACUGUCAGGUAUUAGUCUAAAAAAAAAGUUGAACGUGGAAACAGUGGGUUGGCUACUCAAAAACUCCUACUCCUGUAGGUCACUUUGACCAUCACCUUGAAAAGGCAAAGCUUUGUUCGGAAAGCAGCAUUUUCACCAAAAUGCUGUGUGAAGAUGCUGCAUUCUUUUAGUCUUACCAACAACUUGAAUGCGCAAAAUGCUAUUCUUAAUUGAGGUAAUUGCGAUGGCGACUAAUUUAAAUCCAAAUUAGCCAGAUGGGGUGGGGGGUUUGUCCUAUGUUAAAGGAACUGGAACAUAAAUACCAUGGAUUCUAGUUCCGUUUAUAGAAAUGAUUUUCUUUAUGUAAACUGGUGAUCGGCCCUGGUUCAAAACCAGGGUGGUUAUUCUCCCUUUAUGGCAAUUGUGUACAACUAUAUCUAAACUGAAUGCUUAGUGUCACGACUAAGGCCGGGACACUAGGAUCCCCAUUGAUGAAAUUAUUACUUCUUUGUCCCAUUUUAAGCGCCCUUUUAUGCAUACUUUGAAAUACCUCAAACACCAAGAAUACUGCAUGCUGCUUUUAUGCAUACUUUGAAAUACCAGAAGUUAUGGACUCAUACUCGUUAUGUAAUUGCUCUACCAAGUACCAACUCUAGGGAGGUGUGAGCCCACCAAGGAGCAUGUACCGCUCGGGCCAAACAGGCCUGAAACCAUAAUAUGGCCCUGUGAGCACCUGAUGCACUGAAGGUCGGCUCAACAGGGAUUUGGCCUUGAUUACUUACCAUGACCAAAUGACAUAAAUGGGUGGUAUACACACCAACGACCAAUCCUUAGACCGCCCUGCAUAAUAAUGGCUUGGCCGGUUACAAGACCGAGGGCUGAAGUGCUGAACACAAGAUCACAACAUCUGCUACACAAGCUCCUGGUGACAUGUGAAGAACAUCUUGAUUGCCCUAGACCAGCCUGCUUGCUUCCCACUUCUCCAUCAGCAACAGCCUGGCCCUUGGGCAACAUUCCAUUUUUUGUAGGAACUUUAGAUAUGAGAUGAAGAAUUCUCAAGGCAUGUAUUUGGUUGGGAAGAUACAAUAGAUGAAGAGCUCCACAAAUGAGGGCUGCCAUGAUGACCCCCUAAACUACCACCCUCAAUUAUAAAUACCCCUUCAUUACUUCAUUCUAAGAGUUGGUUAUUGCAUUUACCAGUGAGAACAUUUAUUCUUCUCCAUUGUAGCAAGUGUAUUAAUGAGCUAUUACACUAUAUGUCUGAAAAAUUCAUUCAACCUACAUUGAAGUGUUUUUUUUUUUUGCGAGGUACAUCGAAUUGUGUUGUAAGAGGUGGUCUGCUAUUCCCGAGCCUCAUAGAGAGGAUCUACAUUCUAUCCAUCUUUUUAUUAUCUACAUCAAAUUAACCAAUCUAAACACCUCCCAAAAGUUGUUUGUUUGGCUUAUUUUAAUACAUAGUAUCAAAAUGCAACAAUAUCAAUGUUUAUCCACCACUUAUGCAUCGUACCCAUCUAAAGAAAGUUUUUAUUCUUGUAGUAAAACUAAAUAAGUUUUAAUUGAUGAACAAAACAUACUCCGUCUUAUUUUAAAACUUUAUCUAUAUUUUAAUUUAUGAGCAUUUUAAUUUUUGGAGUACGAGAACUGGGCUGGGCAGCAGGACGGCAGGACCCCUCUAGCGGGUCUCGCAGAAAACGUAUUCAAAUGGAAGAGAUUAAUCGAAAUAAAGCAUGCAUGUCUCUAGAGGCGGCUACUAACUGAGUUACGUUCUUUCAAACUCCAAAAAGUGAAGACUCGGCCAGGGCCAGGCCUGUCUGGGAGGAGGGUCCGUUGCCUCUGCAAUAUAAUGUCAAACUUUUCCCCUCAAUUAUUAGCUUCUUUUUUCUAGUAUAUGGAGAUUGGAGAGAAAGCCAUAUAUAACGGGAGAUGAUCUUAUCUAUGAGCUGCAAAAGGAAAUUUGGGGAUCUAGAUAAUGUAUGUAUAUAUGGGAAACUAAUAGUGGACUAGUGGUAUUAUUAUUGCAUUCAAACUGCCAAAAAUUAUUUCUUGCAAGGCUGGCUCAAUACACAAUUGCACUGCCAAUGAUUGAAAUUAAUUAAACACUGAAAUUCCCAACAUAUAUACUUGGACUAAAAAGUCGCAAUAUAUCCACGUUUCUUGCGUGAAGAAUUGUAUUUAUUAUAUAAUAAUGUAAUUAUAUAAGGAUUACUUAUGUAAUUUCCCAAACUGAUUUUAGUAUAAAUAUAACGUCAAGGCACCCAAUAGGGUAAGCCAUUAUUUCCCAAAAUUAUUGUUUUGUAUAUGGUAUCAGACGCCUAGGUUUUCUUUACGCUACAUGUACGGCCAUCCCAACCCUACGGCCGCCUCAAGCACGGCGUCCGCCAUGGCGGCGCAGCCUCUCUCUCGCAUACCUCCGAACACUGCCACAACGCCAACCGGUGAGUUCCAAGUCCUCUCUGGUUUGAGCAGCACUCCAGUUCCGUUUCCGCAGGCCUCCACGCCCAUUGCCUCCCUCCCAGCCACGCAGACACGGUCUCCGCUAGCGGCAUCAAUAUCGCAGCGUCUUCACGGAGUUCCACCGUUCGACUCCUACCGGUUAUUCAACAUGCCCGAGCCCUUUACAUGGAUGUCCUCAGUUUCAGCCGUUCCAUACAUAUAUGAGAAAAUUAUAUGUGCUUCAUCCGCUUUUUUUAGUCGCAACAUU